ACCCGAGCACUCGGGAGCGACGUUGCCUCUGUAGUCCAUUCUGAGGCGCAGCAGAGUCGCUCUGGUUACAUAGCGGACGUGUAGCGGCGGGGGAGGAUGGAGAUGCGGAGUAACAGCUAACGACGGAUCGGCUGUGGUGUUCCCCCUCUAGACGUUAACAGCGACAGACCAUGAUUGAGAUGCUUCAAGUCACAGAGCUGAAUACCAAAUUGCCUUCUACUGUCAAGAGAUAGCCGGUUUGCCGGAUGGAGACCCAGGAGGAAUGACAAAGUCACCUUCCCCUCAGGCGACGCACCGACAUUUUGAGAAAAUGCACUGGACCUGCGGACACGUUUUUCUGGUCCUGGCGACCCUCAUCGCCUCUCACACCACUGGAGCUUUAUCGCUGGACAUGGAUGGAAACCACACGGAAAACGGAAACGUGACAGACGGCGGAUUUGUCCCAGUUGUGUUCACCAAAGUGCACCAGAUAAUUGCCCGUGAGGGGAGCUGCGCACUGAUUGAUUGCAAUAUCACCGGAGAGCCGUUCCCCAGUGUUCAGUGGUUCAACUCCCAUGGAGAGCGUCUGGACACGGAGAUUAACGGUGAGAAGUGGUGGCUGCUGGACACUGGCGUCCUCAACAUCACGAGCAUCGAGUUUGCGGACCGCGGGAAGUACACCUGCAUGGCGUCCAACAUGUACGGCAGCUCCAACUGCACGGUGACCCUGCGCGUGGUCAUCACCAACGGGGACAUGGGCGUGUACUACAUGGUGGUGUGUCUGGUCACCUUCACCAUCAUCAUGGCGCUGAACGUCACGCGCCUCUGCAUGAUGAGCAGCCACCUGAAGAAGACGGAGAAAGCCAUCAACGAGUUCUUCCGCACCGAGGGCGCCGAGAAGCUGCAGAAGGCGUUCGAGAUCGCCAAGCGGAUUCCCAUCAUCACCUCGGCCAAGACGCUGGAGCUGGCCAAGGUGACGCAGUUCAAGACCAUGGAGUUCGCGCGGUACAUCGAGGAGCUGGCUCGCAGCAUCCCGCUGCCGCCGCUCAUCAUGAACUGCCGCACCUUCAUGGAGGAGAUCCUGGAGGUGGUGGGGGUGGAGGACAUGAGGCACACCUUCAUCAGACAGGCGCCCGAGGGGUGCCGCGACAUGGUGAGCAGGGCCAUCGGGGGGAGAGACGUCUUCACCAUCCUGCAGGAGAGGGAGAUGGAGCGAGAGAGGAGAGAGAGGGAGCGCAGCGAGUCUCCCGCCGGCGACUCGGACAACUCCUCGGUCCAGGAUCAGCCGCAGCACAUCGCCAUCCAGGUGUCGGUCCACCCGCAACUCGCCAUCACCGGCUGCUGCAGCAUCGAGGUUCCAGGUCAAUCAGAGGCGUCGCCCUCCUCGCCUCCACCGCCCUCCUCGCCUCCCCCUCCCUCCUCGCCUACACCUCCCUCCUCGCCUCCCCCUCCCUCCCCGCCUCCCCCUUCCUCCCCGCCACCGCUCGAUCCUCUUGACCCUGAGGAGCAGCCCGAGGCGGAGGGGGAGCCGGACAUCGAGCAGGCAGCGCCCGAACCGACAGAAGCGAUUAAUGCCCCUCCCUGCCAGGUGUUUUAUGAGAGCCACGUGUGACGAGAUAAACCGACCCCGGAGGAGCCAUGAGUUAUCCUGCUAUGCAUUUCCACUUGAAGACAACAAAAGAAAAGGUCAACAAAACAUUUUUAAUUUCACAUUUUGGAAAGAAACAAUCACAUUUUUAUUCAUCUUUUCCCGAAGCGGAACAAUCUGUUGAAACCUUUUUAGGCUGAGAAUAAAUCAUACUUUUUUUUUUAAACACUGUAGGUUGAGCAGGCUGUUCACUCUGGACUAUCAUGCUUGAAUGUACUUGAGAGGGGUAAUCAAUAAUAUUAUUCAUGUAAUAAGCAGCGAUUUGUAAAAAGGGACAUUUCCUGUGUUGAGAUUCUCAUAGCUCAGGCUAUUCUUUAAAAAAGCAAGGGUACGUCACUCAAAGGGGGAAAAUGAUUUUGUUCAGCUUUUAGUUUCUUACACUUGUAGGAUUUGUAUGAUUAACACCAGAAAUCUGCCUCAAGCUGCUCUUCAUGCCGUUCUCUAAAAAAAACAUGAAAGCUUCCUUCAUCCGCUCAAGAAUUCACAUCCAGCUACUGUUACAGCUGAUCUGCUGUCAUUGUACAAGAUCUUGCUCAAAGAGAGAUGCAUGCUGGACUGAAAAAGAAGAUAAGUUUGGUCCCCAUUUCAUGAUUGUACGGCCUACUGUAUAUCUACAAAAAAAACAACAAUAACAAGUAAGCCAGGUGAAUCUAUGUGUGUACAGUAUAUUUCCUGAUUGGGUCAAACACACCUCUGGGUAGAGUCUUUGUCUGUUUCCUUUGAAAUAUUUCAAGAGUAUUAUUAUUAUUAUUA